AUAAGACCGCAGCCCCUUGGGCGGGGACCGGAGCUUCGGCGCGUGGGUAGGAAGCGGCCGCGGCGGCUGUUGAGGGAGGAAAAUGGCGGCUGCCGCCGCCGCCGCGCAGCUUACCGACGAGGAGCUUUUCUCCGAGCUGAGGCGACUCGGCUUCUCGCCGGGGCCCGUCACCGAGAGCACACGGCCCGUCUACCUGAAGAAGCUCAAGAAGCUCCGCGAGGAAGAGCGAGCUGGCGGGGCCCGAGUCGCCGCCGCCGCCGCCAGCAAGACCCGGAACAGUAACAACAAUAACCCCGGGGCAGGCGGCGGCGGCGGCGGCGGUUUGGCGUCUCGGCUGGCCAGCGCCGACCUCUCCUCCUCCUCCCUGUCUGGGGCGGCGGGCGGCGGCGGCGGCGUCCGGGCCCGCGGCGGCGGGGGCGGCAAAGUGCUGCUGGGCUUCAGCUCUGACGAGUCGGAUGCGGAGGCCGGUCCCCGGGGCCCGGCUGGCGCCGCGGGCAGCCGGCGAGAGCGGGGCUCAGCCUCCCGGCGGGACGCGAAGCCUGCGGCGGCAGCCGUGGGCACUGGCUGCCUCCCCAGCAGCGCGGCGGCGCCGCCUCUUCGGAGGAAGCCCCAUGCCUGGUGGGGGGCGACGGCCAGGCGGGCGGCUGGAGCUCGGGAGCAGAUUCCGGGCGGUGGAGAGGACGACGACGACGGGGACGACGACGACGAGGAAGCAGAAGCCGCCGCCGUCGAGGACGAGACCCAGGAGGAGCAGCCGCAGCAGGAGCGCUGCAAGAACCGCGCCGUGAACGGGAGCCGGUUCCUCUCCAGCAGGAGGGACAAGUACUCGGACUCGGAGGAGGAAGAGGCGGCGGCUGCGGUUGCGACGGGGGCCAAGCAGCAGGUGCUGAGAGAGGAGGCGCUUACCCGCCACUACCUGGCCCGAAGGAGCCUUAACAGACCUGCCUCGCCGUUCUCGGGCCAGGCAGGUGCAGCAGGGGGCUUGAUGGAGACUGGCCAGGGUGCUGGUGGUGGCCGUGCAUUGAAUGUUAGGGUGGCUGCUUCUGGCAGGAGCAGUGACAGGGGGAGAAGUCGAGAGGAAGACGAGGAGGAGGAAGAGGAGGAGGUCGACCUGGUGAAAAGGGGCGGGUAUCUGGAUUCCAGUCCGCCGCUCCUGCCCAGGUACCGUGGCGGCGGUGGCGGCUCUGCAAGGAAAGCCCACCAGCAGCUGUUUCUUCCGCCGCUGCUCAGCGGCUUGGACAGUAGUAGCAAAAUGACUGAUUCCUUGGGCGGGGACAGGAAACCAGCCAACAAUCAUAUCCUCACUGGUGGCUACAAUGUGGAACCUAGGAUAUAUACCGCUACCACCAGCCUCUCUCCAGGUGCUACCACUUCCUCGUCCACUAGAAUCAAUCACUCCAACCACACAGGUUCAAAUCAUACUUAUCCGAAAAACACCUACAAGCAGAAGGUUUCGGAGCCCGAGGAGGAUCUUCUGCAGCAGUUCAAGAGAGAAGAAGUAUCCACCACAGGAGGCUUCAGUGCCCAUUACCUAUCUAUGUUCCUCUUAACUGCUGCAUGCUUGUUCUUUCUGAUAUUGGGGCUCACGUACCUAAGAAUGAGAGGUUCGGGAAUAACUGAGGAUGUGGGAAUUGACAAUAAAAAUCUUCUCACUGGGAUGGUUAAUAGAAACGUAAAUGAAACAAUUCUUAUGAACAGCUUAUAUAAACUACAUGAUAAGCUGGCACAAAUAGCAGGAGAUCAUGAAUGUGGCAACUCUAUCAAGAAAGGUCUUUCUCUCCAGGAGGCAGAUACAUAUUUAAAAAGUUUAGGUCCAGAAUACGAAGGUGUAUCUAAUGAAUCCCUGCAAUGGAUUCUAAAUAGUGGAGAAGAUGUUGGCAUAAAGUUUGUUGACAACAGCUCUGAUGAAGAUUCCAUAACCAAUACAACUAAUGUAAAAUACCUGGUAUCAACUAGGCCACAGAUGUCUUUUACAUGUCGUUUUCGCCGUGCAUUUAUUACUGUAACAUGUAAAUCGUUAAUUCUGCUUUUGGGUAUAGGAAUGGCUUGGGGAGUCUUAAGGUAUAUGAAAUACCGAUGGUCUAAGGAAGAGGAAGAGACCAGACAGAUGUAUGAUAUGGUUGUAAAAAUUAUAGAUGUUUUAAGAAGCCACAACGAAGCAUGCCAGGAAAACAAAGACUUGCAGCCAUAUAUGCCUAUUCCACAUGUACGAGAUUCCUUGAUUCCACCUCAAAACAGGAAAAAAAUGAAAAAAGUAUGGAACCGAUCUGUUGAUUUCCUUGCUGCUAAUGAAUCUAGAGUUCGCACAGAAACACGAAGAAUAGGUGGUGCUGACUUCCUGGUUUGGAGAUGGAUACAGCCAUCUGCACCAUGUGAUAAAAUAUUAGUUAUACCAUCUAAAGUAUGGCAAGGGCAAGCGUUCCAUUUAGAUAGAAGAAAUUCACCACCAAAUAGUUUGACACCAUGCCUAAAAAUCCGCAAUAUGUUUGAUCCUGUCAUGGAAAUAGGUGACCAUUGGCAUUUGGCAAUUCAAGAAGCGAUCUUGGAAAAAUGCAGUGAUAAUGAGGGAAUUGUCCACAUAGCAGUAGACAAAAAUUCACGUGAGGGUUGUGUAUAUGUCAAAUGUUUAUCUCCAGAAUAUGCUGGAAAGGCUUUUAAAGCAUUACAUGGAUCUUGGUUUGAUGGGAAACUGGUAACUGUAAAAUAUUUACGGCUAGAUCGAUAUCAUCAUCGUUUUCCCCAAGCUAUUACUUGCAAUGCUCCAUUGAAGCCAUCAAAUACACGCAUGAACUCAAUGUCACAUCUUCGUCUCCGAACAGGCACAACUAACUCUCAGGGAAACUCCUGAGACAUCUUACUGCUACCAGAACUGUUGACUUGCAGCAGGAAAAAUUCCUGUCUGGUCCCGUCUUCCACUUUUAGUACUUUUUGUAUGUAACAUUUUCAUUAAUCAAUGUUCCAGAGGUCUCAUUUUUCAGGAUUUCUGAGCAAUGAGGCAGUAAUACUGAACAAUUGCUCUAUGAAGUGUUUUGGAGCUCAAGCAAACAAACACAUUAAGUUUUGCAUGACAGAUGUUGAAUUUAUUAAACAUUCUCAGAUGUGGCUGUAUUUUUGCACCAACAAGUGUUUGAUAACAGUCUAAAAGCAUGGAGAUGUACUGUAUUUCCAUAGUUCCUGUGAAAUAAUCUUGUGGGUAUUUUGUAACACAACCACCUACAGUUUCUGAUGGCAAGUAAGUAGAAGUGUUAGUUUUUUGUCUGGUUUUUGGCUUCUGUUGCUGUAAAAGCUUCAUCUGUGUCAGCCUAAGGAUGAGAAAGGAAUUAUUUCUUGGUAAUUGCUGAGAGAAAACAAACCGAAUACAGGUUUACUGGUUUUGUAUAUAAAUGUAGAUGCUGGUGGCGGAGGCAGCAAAAGUAAUCUUGUUUUGUGAGGAUGUCUGCAUUAAAGCAGUGAAUAAGCUUCCUAUUUUAUUCAUAACCUAAUGUUUUCUAUGUUUUGGCUGUACCAUUACAUAAAGGCCAAACACCUUGAAGUAUUAGAUACAAGUUAAAUAUCUUUUAUAGGUUUUAUAUUAAAAUAUAUGGUUAUGAUUUUUGUGUGAAUGGUCUGAUAUUGUAACUGUGAUAAUGGAUUCAAAAUUAUGUGAGCAAUAAAGACGCAAUUGGCAGGUACUCAAACACUUUGUGAAAAGCUGUUAUUUAUUACAAGGAGAAGCUCUGACAAAAUUGACCACUGGGGAAUAUACUUUCCUACAUGGUUUUGCUACCUAGGCAUGUGUGAAAUUAAACAGAUGCACAUAUUUUUGGAAACAAAAAUCUUGAUUGUUAGAGCUUAGAAGUGCAGAACACUUACAGCAAGAAUUUAUCUUCAAUAUUAAAUGUGUGCAUUGUUUACACCUAAAACUACAAAAAUGUUGACCUUUAGUUGAAAAUAUCAAAUAAUUGGAUUCAGUAAUUCCUGUUGAAGCAGCAUAAUUUGUCAAUCCACCUGGAUAUUGCAUAAGUGAAGAGAUGGGAAACCAGCCAGUUUAAAAUACAUUUAUUAAAGCCCAGUUUCUAUUGUAGAUAUGGAUCUGCAGCAUGAACUUGCACAAAUGCACGUUUUCUUAUGGUUAAGUGAACAUGAUGCACACUUCUGUAACAGAAAAUCCUAUUGUGCCUUACCUUUGUGCUUUUUUGUGGGCAACAUGUUUAAUAAUGAUGGACGGUUUCUUAUCUUUGAAAAAAACUUGGUCUAUGUCCUGGAUGCUAAUGAACAAGUAUAUGUAAUAUAAUCAGCCAUGCAAAAAUCUACUCACCAAGAACAAGUACAUAUUUUUGACCAGCGAGUAGAUUUUUGUCAAGUCUGGUAAAUUUUUCAUGAGAAUUACUAUAUACAUAUACAAAUAUGUACAAUAUAUAUGUAUAUGUAUUAUAUGUAUAUAAUCAGAUUUUGCUGUAUUUGUGCAUCAUAGUGAUUUAUUGAGCUGAGUAACCAUCUUGUGACCUGUUGCAAGUGUGAAUGUAAAAUUUAGUUGUGGCAGUUUAAAAGGUUGCCUUUUGAUGCAGUCGCAUCGUUCUUGCUUCUAAACUAUUUGUAAACACACUGUACAUUUAUUAUAGUAAUCUGUACUAUUAUGCAGCUUAUUUUACCUUUAAAAUGUUGACCAAUAUUCCUCCCUGCAAGACAGAUGGGAAUGUGUAUAAUACCUUGGACAUUUGAGAAAAAUCAGAUGUUUGUAAUUUGUAAUUUGUCCUGUAAAAACACAAAAGCAAAACUAAACUAAUUAAAGAUUUAUUAGGGCUUUUUA